AUGAGCAUUGGACUCAGAAGGACACUUCUUGUCCUGGUGUUGUAUCUGUGGCUUUCAAGCGCUGCCUGCGUGGCGGAGGUGGUUAUGGAGGAAGACUCGACGGGCGCGUUUCAUAUCAACACGACAGACCCGUUGCAGCAACCGGUGCACGUGAAUGGAGUGGAUGUGACUGGCAUGCUGUUGAGACAACAAGCGCUGAUUGAGACACAAUACAGCACAAACGUCGCACAGCAGAGCACCAUCGAGGCACAGCUCAGCCUGAUCAAUGAGGAGCACAGCACAAACGUCGCACAGCAGAGCACCAUCGAGGCACAGCAGAGCACCAUCAAUGAGGAGCACAGUACAAACGUCGCACAGCAGAGCGCCAUCGAGGCACAGCAGACUACCAUCAAUGAGGAGCACAGUACAAACGUCGCACAGCAGAGCGCCAUCGAGGCACAGCAGACUACCAUCAAUGAGGAGCACAGUACAAACGUCGCACAGCAGAGCGCCAUCGAGGCACAGCAGACUACCAUCAAUGAGGAGCACAGCACAAACGUCGCACAGCAGAGCACCAUCCAGGCACAGCAGAGCACCAUCCAGGCACAGCAGAGCACCAUCGAGGCACAGCUCAGCCUGAUCAAUGAGGAGCACAGCACAAACGUCGCACAGCAGAGCACCAUCGAGGCACAGCAGAGCACCAUCGAGGCACUGCAAGCCAUGACCUGCUUCUUGAGGCGGCCAUACGCAGAUAGAACCACAUUGGCGAAUGUUGCAAGUUUCGGCAGUCAGUGGCUCACACUUGCUGUGGCACAUACGGGCCUCGUGUACGGUAUACCGAGCAAAGGCACGAGUGUACUGGUGCUAGACCCAGUCACUCACACCCUUGACACAACGUCUCUGACCCUUGACCCGGAUGAUAAUCGUCGCAAGUGGUGUGGAUGGGCGUCGGAUGCACAAGGCAAGAUCUACGGCUUCCCUCGUGAUGGCUCUUCUGUGUUUGUUCUCGACCCAAGCACAAAUGCCACUGACACAACGUCCAUGUCCGAUCUACCCUCACUGGGCAACAAGUGGGUGACUGGCUUGGCCGUGGACAAUGGCACCGUCAUCGUGGCAAUACCGUGGUCGUCUUCCUCAGUGCUGUUCAUUGAUACACAGGCAAACGCGACUGAUACUACGAGCAUCACCGGGUUCGGAACCGGUUGUUGCAAGUGGUAUGGCGGAGCCCAGGCGACAAAUGGGCACAUCUACAGCAUCCCAUACGCCGCACAGAGCGUCUUGAUCAUCGAUCCUGUUGGGAAAUCUGCAAACACGAAGAGCAUCACUGGGUUUGGGAUCGGCGAUAAGUGGGCCGGCACCGUGCUUGCGCCCAACGGCCUGAUUUACGGCGUUCCUUACGAGGCAGGAAGUGUGAUGGUGAUCGACCCCCGCACCAAUGAGCGCACCCUGGUGUCUGGGUUGUCAUCUGGAGGAGACAAAUGGAGAGGAGGCGUGCUCCUGGAAGAUGGCCGCAUUGUGUGUAUUCCAUACAAAGCAGCCAACAUUCUCGUCAUCAACACCAACGACAACUCCUUCAACACCUUACCAACGAGCGGUUUGGGGUCAUCAGACUGUAAGUGGUGGGAUGGCGUUCAGGCGACCAAUGGCCUGAUUUAUGCCCCACCUUGUUUGACAUUUUCGCUGCUUGUCAUCGACCCAGGCUGCACGAAGGCCUGAGCAGCUUGCGAAGGGAGCAGUGUUGUGUGUGUGUGUGUGUGUGUGUGUGUGUGUGUG